AAAUAAGUCUCAUUACAUUCCUGCGCAAUUUAGGGUUCCUCUUCGCUCCAAAGUCCAACCUCCUUCCUUCUUACCAACGGAUCAAUUCUGUGCUAACGCACAAUUCCGGUUCUUAUAUUUCUAUAAUCCAUUUGGAUUUCUACGCGUAUAUGUGUUCGUAUAAAUGUACGAUUUAUCACUUGAAGAUCGAUUGGUGCCACGAUUAAUCGAAACAGAGGUUUAGGAAUGGGCCAAUAAUAGCAUUGAUGAAAACAUCUUGAGAAGGCUACGAUGUCAGAAGACGCUGGACAGAUGAUGCUGGUGUAUGAUGACCCCUCAGACCAAAGAUCCAUGUCUAUGGAUGAUACGAGCAGCGCUGAGGAAUCACCAGAUGGCACCAGACUAUCAUUGGAGACUACAAAUGAUGCUAUUCCAUAUAUUGGGCAACGAUUUGCAACUCAUGAUGCUGCUUAUGAAUUCUACAGUGAAUUCGCAAAACGUUGUGGGUUUUCAAUCAGGCGUCAUCGAACAGAGGGUAAAGAUGGUGUUGGGAAAGGUCUCACAAGGCGUUACUUUGUCUGCCAUCGUGCAGGAAAUACUCCUGUGAAAACAUCAAAUGAAAAUAAACCACAGAGAAACAGAAAAUCUUCACGGUGUGGAUGUCAAGCAUACAUGCGUAUAAGCAAGUCAACUGAAUUAGGAGUACCGGAAUGGCGAGUUACUGGCUUUGCAAACCACCACAAUCAUGAACUUCUGGAACCGAAUCAAGUGCGUUUUCUCCCUGCAUAUCGCACCAUAUCAGAAUCUGACAAGAACCGAAUCCUCAUGUUUGCCAAGACUGGAAUUUCGGUGCAACAAAUGAUGAGGCUACUCGAACUUGAAAAAUGUGUGGAGCCUGGAUAUUUGCCAUUCACUGAGAAAGAUGUUAGGAAUUUGCUUCAGUCUUUCAGGAAAAUAGAUCCGGAGGAUGAGAGCAUAGAUUUACUUAGAAUGUGCAGAAAUAUUAAGGAUAAAGAUCCCAAUUUUAGAUUUGAGUUUACGCUUGAUUCUAAUGGUAGAUUGGAGAAUAUAGCUUGGUCUUAUGCCUCAUCUAUUCAGUCAUAUGAGAUUUUUGGUGACGCAGUGGUCUUUGAUACAACACAUCGGUUGACUGCUUUUGACAUGCCUCUUGGAAUAUGGGUAGGAAUGAACAAUUAUGGCAUGCCCUGCUUUUUCGGCUGUGUGCUUCUUCGCGAGGAAAACUUGAGGUCAUUUUCCUGGGCUUUGAAGGCUUUCUCAGGAUUCAUGAAUGGGAAAGCUCCACAAACAAUAUUGACUGACCAAAAUAUGUGUCUCAAAGAAGCAAUAGGAAUGGAGAUGCCAACCACCAAACAUGCACUUUGCAUAUGGCUUAUUGUGGCAAAAUUCCCCUCAUGGUUCAAUGCUGUUUUGGGAGAACGCUACAAUGAGUGGAAGGCUGAGUUCUAUCGGCUCUAUAAUCUGGAAACAAUUGAGGAUUUUGAAUUGGGUUGGAGAGAUAUGGUCCAUUCUUUUGGUUUGCACACAAACAGGCAUAUUGCUAGCUUGUAUGCACUACGAACUCUUUGGGCGCUGCCAUACUUGAGAAGCCAUUUUUUUGCAGGGAUGACCACUCCUGGCCAGUCAAAAUCAAUUAAUGCUUUUAUUCAACGGUUUUUGAGUGCUCAAACCCGGCUUGCGCAUUUUGUGGAACAAGUAGCUGUAGCAGUAGAUUUCAAGGAUCAAGCUGGAGAACAACAAACAAUGCAGCAAAAUCUCCAAAACAUUAGCCUAAAAACAGGGGCUCCAAUGGAGUCUCAUGCCGCCUCAGUUCUCACACCAUUUGCCUUCUCAAAACUCCAAGAACAACUCGUUAUGGCGGCCCAUUAUGCAUCAUAUCAGAUGGAAGACGGUUUUCUCGUUAGACACCACACCAAGCUUGAGGGAGGCCGGAAAGUUUACUGGGUUCCACGGGAAGGCAUCAUCAGCUGCAGCUGCCACCAAUUCGAGUUCUCCGGUAUACUCUGCAGGCAUGCUCUUCGAGUUCUCUCGACUGGAAAUUGCUUCCAAAUCCCAGAAAGGUAUCUGCCUCUGCGGUGGCGCAGAAUCAGCACGCCGUCCAACCGACAUCUCCACACUCCUCGGAACGACCACAUGGAGAGGAUUCAGCUGUUGCAGAGCAUGGUGUCAACUCUUGUAACAGAAUCCGCAAAAUCAAAAGAACGGCUAGAUUUAGCAACCGAGCAAAUCUCCGUUCUUCUCUCCCGAAUCAGGGAACAACCCGUUCCAGCACUUGGGUUGAGAGAAAUGUCUUCCACACACAGGAAUCUUGCCUGAUAGAAGAGUGCCGGAUCGAUAUGGAGAGGUACAGAGGUCCAGUACAGGGGAACUUUUGUAGAACACAGGUGAAAAUAUAUUAGCUAUACAAGGACUUCUGUCUGUAAAGUGCUUAGAACUGCCAUUUAGGCAGAUGUUGUCUCAUGACAUUUUUAUAAUUGUUCUUUAAUUAAAAUCAUAUACGCCCUUCCCUUGUCCA